ACCCACACACACAAGCGCACGCGCAUGAAAUUUUCUUCUCAGUUAAACCAAAACUUGUCUAUUCAGAGGGAAGACUAAAGUCGUCACAUUACACGCUUGUCCUCCGACCUGAUCGCUUACAAAAGCAAAAUCACCCUCCGUGGCGAUCCAAAAAUCGAUACCAUAUUGACAAACACUUCACUCAAGUUUGCAUAUAGCUAAUUUUUUGCGAAACUUAGUGUAAAAACAACAUUUUCUCUACAAAAUCUAAACAAAACUUGUUUAUUAAUUUUCUUAGAUUUUUGUUUCUUUUGUGAAGAAAUAUUUUCGGAAAAUUGACAAAACUUCAUCAAAGAAUUAUCAAUUUUUAUUCAUUAAUUAAUUAGCCAAGUUAACAAAGUCUGUUAACUAACUUCUGUUUACUAAGUUAACUAACUAAAUACAUUUUCUUUGUAUUGUUUGCGAAAUUUAAGUACAAAAAAAAGUGCUGAUAACAGUGGCUAACUCAAAAGAAUUUUGAGUAAAUUUGACAUUUUUCACUCCGGGAAAAGUUUGAAAAAGCAAUUUGCGAAUUCAAGUUUUUGGUGAAGAGAAAACUUUUCGAAAAAGGACAAUUAUUGACACUAUUUUCGUUUUUAACAAAAGCAUGUGCUAGGAUGUUGCCCACAUCGGUAUCGGGAACACCUUUCAGUGUUCGUGACAUUUUAAACGGGGAUCAACAAUUAAAUACAAUGGAGUGUUACCCCCCUCAUCAACAAAGUGAAACACAGACGCAUUGUUCAUCGGGGAAUCAAGAUUAUUAUUCGUACAACAUGAUACCCGAUGGAAAUUGGAACGUUAAUAAAUACAAGGAGCAAACAGUUACCAGCUAUCAAAAUUAUCAAGAAAUGAACCACGUUCACCAGUUGAGUCAAGUUGUGCCACCCUACCACGAAUCACCUGUUGUCGAAGAAGGCAAUGUUGUCACCUCAAGCAGAACUGAAUUGCGGAAAAGUCAGUCGGGAAAACGAACAAAAAGAAAACCCCGAGUACUAUUUUCACAAACACAAGUCUACGAACUGGAACAACGUUUCAAGCACCAGCGCUACUUGAGUGCUCCAGAACGCGAGAUGUUGGCCCAAAAUUUAAAACUAACAAGCACACAGGUGAAAAUUUGGUUUCAAAAUCGUCGCUACAAAAAUAAACGGGCACGUCUCGAGGACGCGGAAAAAAUUCAAACCCAAAAAACCAGUCAACCACUAAAGAAAAUUUCAAUCCCAGUUCUAAUAAAAGACGGCAAACCAAAUAUUCAAGACUCCUACAAUCCCUAUUGGUCAAAUUUUCGAACAGACAUCAACAAUCCCCCUUCAAUGCAAACGGAUUAUCAAAAAAACGACAUUCGCCUAAGUCCCGAUUUUCGUUCGAAUUCAACGGAAUUAAAAAUCGACAACAAUUUCUCCCCCGACUAUCGAAUUGACAUGAAUACAGAAAUUGUCAAUCGAUCAACAAUCAAUAUGAAUGUUCAUCGUCACGUUGUUCUCGGUUCAGAUUACAAGAGUAAUUUCUCACCGGAACUACGUCCAACAAUUGACCACGAAGAAAUGAAAUCUGUGAAAACGGAUUAUAAAUCUUAUCUGACAAGUGACUUGUAUCCAGAUUCAAGAGCAGUAAAUGACGUCAAAUCGUCGGCUAUUGAUAAUCGAACAGUGAUGGAUUCAUCUAAUGGAGACUAUAAUUAUCCAAACUAUUUUGGUUCAUCGAAUUUUCAAAUGCAAUAUGUCAACUAUAUGGAUCAAAUGAACGAUCAAAAUAUUCAAAGACUAUGGUAGAGAUUUAUGAAAUUUUAGUGCGAUAAAAACAAAUUCAAUUGUGUGAUGUUAUUCGCGGUUUAUUACAUAUAUAAUGCUUUAAAAAGAAUAUGCUCACGUUAAUCCUUUAAAUUAUUUUUCAAUAAAAAAAUUCACAUAAAAAAAUAGACACAAUAUUAUGUCCAAACGAGAUUCGAGAAUAACAAUCAAUCAUCUACACCCAGAAAAAUAUAUUUGACUCAGAGUCUACUGAACUUUUUAUUCGUUUCCAAUAAAUUUUAUUCGAUUCAAAUAAAAAUUAUUUGUGCCAAAUUAAAUUUCCAUUUAAAACAAAUAAUUUUGUGGGCUCUAAGACAGAUAUACUUUUAUUUAACUCAAAUAAAUUAUAAUUGGUUUAAAUAAAAUUUUUCUCUGGGUAUAUGAUCGAGUAAUUAAUUCUUGACUUCACUUGAUUUAAGUCCCUGAAGUUAACAUCGACGCUCAGCCUCGCAAACAUUACUAUUCGUAGUUUCUAGAGAUAAAAAUGUCACUAAUUUCAAUUUGUUUAUUCACCUAUAAGGCAUAAUUAUUUUUUCAAGCAGUUUUUCAAUCUGAAAAAUUCAAAAAAUUAUUUGAUUCAUUUCGUUUUUGCGAAAAAUAAUUUUUUUUACGCUUUGCGUCCACGCCAACUUCAGGGAGUUCUUGAUUUGAAUAUUAAAUCAAAAUUUUUCUGAAUUUAAAUCGAAAAUGUUUCUUAAUAUUUAUUUUUAUUUUCAGACAAUAAUAUUAUUAAUUGUUAAUUUGAACUUGAAAGUUCAAAAAAUUUACUAAACUGUAAAGAUGCGUCCCUGAAAUUAGCGUCGAAAGCUAUUAUUUGGGAUUUUUAGAGACAAAAAUGCUACUAAUUUCCCCUGUUUUAUUAAUCUAGAGAGUUAAAAAAAAUGUUCAAGGCACUUUUCUACCUAAAAUUUUUAGAAAAAAAAUUAUUUUAUAAUUUUCGAUUUCGUGAAAAAAAUUGUUUUUGAUGCUUAACAUCGACUCUAACUUCAGGGACCUCUGUAAACUCUACACACUAAAAAAAGACUUAACUUCAGCCUAUUUUUGAUUCUAAAAUUUUAAUUAAUAUAAAUUUUUGUUCAAAAUUCAAAAAAUUAUUUCAAAAAAUUAUAUUCAGCAUGGAAAACAGCUUCACCUUAAAAAGCAAUAUGUUGCUCUAGAAUAGCGAAAGCUUUAAUUUAAAGAAUUAAAAAUUUUAUUAAUACAGUGAAACCUGUAGCUAUAUUAAAAGUGAAGUUUUUUUUCUUUGAAUUGUUAGAAAAUGUUAAUUAAUGUUUUAAAGAAAAACCAAAGGUUAAAAUUCAGUCAGAAAUAGAUCUAAUUUUAAGGGCAUUUAUCAAAAGUGAACCGAAAGUAAGAUUUUUUAAAGUCCUAUAAUAUUGAAAUUUCAGAAAAAUUUGACUUAAUUUCAAUCUAUCGAUUUCUAAGAUAAUUUCAUUCGAAAAUAAUUUAGAACUUCGUUUUAUAAUGUCUCAACUAUUUUUAAAUUGAUUGUAAAAAUUAACAUUCUUUUAUUCAUCGAAGGGAGGGACGAGGGUAUUAAGUGAUUAAUGAACCAAAAAAGUGAGCCAAAAAACGACAAAUAAAAUAUUACAACCAAAGAAGCUUUUGUACAUAGCAAAUCUAUAUAUACUUGUAUACUUUGUCUUUUUUUGUGUAUAUUUGUUAAGUAUUAGGAAUAAAUUAUCAAGCAGACUUUAAGAUUAAAAAAAAGAAAAAAAGAAAAAAUAGCAGAUGUCCCUUUACGGGGUAGAAUUUAAUUUUUUUUUCUUUUGGGAAAAUUUAAAGUGGCUCAAGAAAAUUUCGAAACGGAAAUCGUUCUUGAGUUGUAAGUGGCUUUAACGGAAGCUGUUCCAGUGAAAUAAAAAAGAAACCAGUGUAAAGGACACCUGUACUUUAUAUUUUUGAAAUUGAAAUUA